AUGUAGAGGCUUAUCUGUAUAUUGAAAAUCUCAACUGAUUGCUAAUUUAUAUAAUGUGUCCUUGGCCAGCUCUUUAAACUAUGAAUACAUAUUAUAUACUAUAUUACAUUACUGUAUGCAAUAUAAUAUUAAAAACGAACAUUGUGAAUUUCUGUAAGGCAGAUUUCAAACAAGUUGUGGAUAUCCACAGCUAUAAUUACUCUGUGCUUCUCUUGUAUUUUCUUUAACUGCUCUUUAAAAGAGGAAAUUGUGGAAGAUUGCAUCAUCAAAGGUUUCCUCAGAAGUCUGUAGGACUGCCUUCCAUUCCUUUUGAUUCUCCUUUAAAGUGGUAAGCGGGGUAAGCAUCGCUAGCAAGUACAGAGAAGCUGGUGAGGUUAAACAGAGCACUAUGGACGACAUCAACUCAAGCAAAAUUGAUUAUUAUUACAAUAACCAUAUUGAAACCGAUAAUCUGUGGAAAUAUAUGAGUGUGAGUUCUCAGGUUUUCUUCUACCUGACCUUGAUCCUUGGUGUUCCUGGAAAUGCCUUUGUUGUGUAUGUUGCUGGAAUGAAGAUGAAGAGGACUGUUAAUACAGUAGGGUUUCUCAAUCUAGCAAUUGCUGACCUUUUUUGUUGCCUUUCCACUCUUUACUUUGUGGCAGAAAACUUUCUUGAAGAAAACUGGCUGUAUGGAUCUGUCUUCAUGUGCCAGACUGUCCCCUUCAUUAUGCACAUCACCAUGUUUGCCAGUGUUUUCACCCUGACCUUGAUUAGUCUGGAUCGGUUUACUCAGGUGAUUACCCCGGUUUGGGCUAAAAAUCAUCGCAGCCUUUUAAUUGCACGACUGUCUUCUGUAGCAGCCUGGGUUCUGGCUUUAAUUCUUAGUCUGCCUUUUAUGACGAUAAAAGAGAAUUCCACAGAUGGCAUAAGCUACUGCGUGGAUUAUGAAUCUGAAAAAGAGGAAAUGUAUAGAAGGUUAUGCAUCAUCAGAUUUGUGCUUGGUUUUUUGAUUCCUCUCAUAUGCAUCACAACAUGCUAUGGAUUCAUUGCACACAAGUUAGGCAGGAGUCAUUUUAACUCUGAACGAGUGUUUCGCAUCAUGUUGGCUAUUAUUGUGGCCUUUUUUCUGUGUUGGUUGCCAUAUCACAUUGUGCAUUUGAUAAUCAUAUUUAAUAAUGAUGAGGAGACAUCAAGUUUCUUUGUGGCUUUGGCAGUGGAUCCACUGGCCAUUUCUUUGGCAUAUGUCAACAGCUGCCUGAACCCCAUUCUGUAUGUUUUCAUGGGGAAGGAUUUUAAAAGCAAUGUUAAGCUUUCUCUAAGACAUACUUUUGAAAGAGCUUUCACUGAGGAGGGAAUGCAAGCAUCACGUUCCACCCAAAAACAACAAAUGCACUCAGUGUAAGGAAGAUAUAAACUCAUUUAUUCAGUCUUUUCAUUUUUUUUUAUUACUUUAUUAUACUUUUAUUAUAUGAAAUUGCCUUUGUCUCAAAAAUUAAUGUAACUUUCAAAAAAAAAAAAAAAAAAAACUAAUGAAAAUAUAAAUUGAAACUGAAUAUAAUAUCUUUAAAACUCAAAAAAUAAAUAAAUCACAGGCAAAAUGUUUAGCUUUGUUUUUAAUACACUAUGUUUUGCUAACCGGCUAGCAGUGGUGUGUUCUAAUUGGCUACUGAGUUUUUGAUUGACAGCUUCUUGAGCUGGAACGUAUUGCAGAAAGCAAGUUAUGUGAUAUAUGGGGGUGUGUUAAACGGGGUCGCACUCCGGACGCGAAGCUCAGUGCCGCGCCCCGUCUUUAAAAUUCGAAUGCACUGAUUUCUAUUAACGUACGCACACUGGCGGUGACAUUCGGUGCCUGUACGCGGCGCCCAGCUACGACUCAGGAAUUUGUUCAAAAUCCUGCCACGCCACAGAGCGCCAUGUAAAUUGUUUUACAUUAAAUUCAUAUUAGAUUUCUCUCAAAUCAUCGUUAAUGUACAUACUGACUUCACCCUGUGCUGCAAGAUACAUUUUACAUUCUUAGUUUAACACCUUGAAUAAAGUCUAAAAAUGUAAAAUAAGCAUAGCAUUUUCUUUCAUUUUGCUUUGUUGUGCCAUUUUUCCAUGUACACUAACCUCAGUGCGAAAUAUUAAAGCAUAGGCAUAUGUAACAUUUCCCCGUCGACUUAAUACUCACCCAUCGUGCAGCUCUUCUAUCAGGAGUCGAUUCAAAAGCUUGCGCGUAUAUAAUGUACGCGUCCGGUGUGCAAUACCUGUGAGUUGUCCGAGACGAGACGCUGAGCUUCUCGUCCGGUGUGCGACCCCCCGUCCGGAGUAAGCAAGCAGUUCCAAAAACCAAGGUAACUUUCAGGGUAUGUAAGUAGCCAUAGCAACUUACUCUCUGAACAUAACCUGCUCUGAAGCAAAUUAAAAGUCUGGAAAUGCAUCUAUAAGUACAAAUCAGCGAAAGAAAGAGGAGAAACUUAGCAAAACAUGCAGUGUAUUAAAAAACGAAGUCAAACAUUUUGCCUGCGAUUUUCAGUUUCAAAGACAUAGUUUCAAUUUAUAUUUUCAUUAGUUUCUUAAAACGUUACGUUCGUUUUUACUGACACAAAAAUAACUCCAUAUUAUUACUUUUAAAAAAUGAAUAUGCAUAAUUUACAGGUUGCAUUUUACUUUAUACUUUUGCUUAUUACAGUGAUUCAGUCAUUUUGUCUUUUUGCUGUUACUUUUUAUUUUUUUCACUUUAGCAUUAUUGUGUUUAUCUUGUGAUAACUUUUUUAGCGAAUUGCAUGAUGUAAAACAGCGUUUUAUAUAUAAAAUGCAAAAAAGAAUGAAAUUUAAAAUUGACUUAUUGUAAUGUUCAAUAAACAUUUAAUUCAUUUCGUAA